CCCAGAGCCUGCCAAGCUGCCGGCCAGUGCUGACCGUAUGGCCGGGAGCAGGAGCAAGGCCACCCUCGGUGUGUGGCUCGUGUGCCCUGGGCUGCUCGGCUGCUUCUUGCUGGGCUUUCUUACAGGAUGGUUUGCAAAACCGACUGAGAACAACCCCAACUCUUCAGAUGUCCAUCAAAAUGUGAGACAGAAACUUGUGGCUGAAAUGAAAGCAGAGAACAUCAGGAAAUUUCUUCGUUCAUUUACCAAGCUGCCUCACCUCGCAGGAACAGAACAGAAUCUUCUUCUUGCCAAAAAAAUUCAAGGCCAGUGGAAGGAAUUUGGAUUGGAUUCAGCAGAACUUGUUAAUUAUGAUGUGCUUCUUUCAUACCCAAAUGAAGAGCUGCCAAACUACAUUUCAUUAAUUGAUGAUCAAGGGAAUGAGGUUUUCAAUACAUCAUUGUUUGAACCACCUCCACAGGGGUAUGAAAAUGUUACUGAUAUACUACCACCUUACAAUGCUUUUUCAGCACAAGGAAUGCCAGAGGCAGAUCUGGUGUAUGUGAAUUAUGGCCGUACAGAAGAUUUUUUUAGGCUGGAGCGUGAAUUGGGAAUCAACUGUACAGGAAAGAUUGUCAUUGCCAGAUAUGGGAAGAUCUUCAGAGGAAACAAAGUUAAAAAUGCCAUAUUAGCAGGAGCCCAGGGGAUCAUACUUUACUCAGACCCUUCUGACUACUGUGCCCCAGCAGUAGAUGCUUAUCCAGGUGGCUGGAACCUGCCAGGUGGAGGAGCCCAGCGUGGGAAUGUUUUAAAUCUGAAUGGAGCUGGGGACCCUCUAACACCAGGUUAUCCUGCAAAAGAGUACACUUUCAGGUACAAACUUAAUGAAGGUGUAGGGAUUCCCAAAAUCCCAGUUCAUCCCAUUGGAUAUCAUGAUGCAGAAGUAUUACUGCGUGCAAUGGGAGGACCUGCAGCUCCAGACAGCAGCUGGAAGGGAAGUCUCAAUGUGUCUUAUAAUAUAGGGCCAGGAUUCACAGGCAACUCUUCUACAAGAAAAGUCAGAAUGCAUGUUCAUACAAGCAAUAAAAUCACACGAAUUUACAAUGUCAUUGGCAUCCUCAGAGGAGCUCUGGAACCAGAGAGAUAUAUUAUUUUAGGUGGCCAUAGAGACUCUUGGGUGUUCGGUGGUAUUGAUCCAACCACCGGUGCUGCUGUUCUGCAAGAAAUCGUACGGAGUUUCGGUAAAAUGAAGAUGGAAGGUUGGAGACCAAGGCGAACGAUUAUUUUUGCUAGCUGGGAUGCAGAAGAAUUUGGAUUGUUGGGUUCCACAGAGUGGGCUGAGGAAAAUGCCAAAGUCCUUCAGGAACGGGCAGUUGCUUACAUCAACACAGAUUCUUCUAUAGAAGGUAACUACACAUUAAGAGUUGACUGUACCCCUCUUCUCUACAAACUGGUGUAUAAUCUGACAAAAGAGAUUUUAAGCCCUGAUGAGGGUUAUGAAAAUAAAUCUCUUUAUGAGAGCUGGCUUGAGAAAGAUCCCUCAUCUGAAAAUAAUAACUAUCCCAGAAUAAAUAAACUGGGGUCAGGCAGUGAUUUUGAAGCUUACUUCCAGCGACUGGGAAUUGCAUCAGGCAGAGCUCGUUACACCAAGAACAGGAAAGUAGACAAAUUCAGCAAUUAUCCUGUUUAUCACACUGUGUAUGAGACAUUUGAGCUAGUGGAAAAAUUUUAUGACCCCACCUUCAAGAAACAGCUAACAAUUGCCCAGUUACGAGGAAAACUGGUUUAUGAGCUGGCAGAUUCCCAGGUCAUUCCCUUCGACUCUAGAGACUAUGGAGAAGCCUUAAAAGGAUACAGCAACAAAAUUUAUAAAUUAGCCAAGAAGCAUGAGGAGCAGCUGAAACUUUACAAAGUAUCAUUUGAUCCUCUUUUUUCUGCUGUGGUGAACUUCUCAAAGGCUGCUGCUGAAUUUCACAGGAGACUUGAACAAGUUGACAAGAAAGAUUCAGUUGCAGUGCGCAUCAUGAACGACCAGCUGAUGUUGAUAGAAAGAGCUUUCACUGAUCCUCUGGGCUUGCCAGGAAGGAAGUUUUACAGACAUAUCAUCUUUGCUCCAAGCAGCCACAACAAAUAUGCAGGAGAAUCCUUCCCAGGAAUCUAUGAUGCCAUGUUUGAUAUUGAAAAUAAAGCUGAUCAACAUGAAGCCUGGGAAGAAGUGAAGAGGCAGAUUUCCAUUGCAGCCUUCACUGUGCAGGCAGCAGCAGACACACUGAAGGAAGUAGCAUAAGAUGAAGGCUUUGAAAACUCCCACAGCAGAGUGUGGCACACAGAGCUGUCAGGCUGCUGCAGUGUCCCAGAGUCCCCAACAGCCUGCCCUGCCUGAGCCUCCCAAACAACACGGUAGGUGAGCAGAGCUCUGUGUGUCAGAGAACUCCUGAGCUAGGAAUUGCUGCGUCUCUGGUACUGACAGAACUGUAGCUUUAUGGAACAGCCCUAGAUGGAAGCAAAUUUGGGGGUGGGGAGAAGCAGGAACAAUCAGUUUCUGAUAAGAAUUUUCUGAAAGAUCUACCAGCUUUGAGGACCCAAUGUUUUGGAUGUAUAGUUAUGAAAACAAUUAGUUGCCAAGCCACCUGCAAAUUUUGUCCAAGGCAGUGAUCAACAGCACACAUUUUGAUGGAAAUGGUGUGAUACUCAGCCUGUACAUUUUUCUUCUUCUGAUAAUUACUUUUAUAAAAGAAGACACCAAAGGCAUCUCUGAAUUUCAGAACCUAUUCUGCAGGACUGGUGAAUCUUUAUACUGAUUUACUUUCUUUUCCUUGAAAAAAAUAAAUAAGUGACUCUCCUACUGAUUGCCAAAGCAGUACUGGCUAUUCCUGAUGAUCAGGGAAAACAGCUGCUUAUAUGCAGAAAUCCAAAACCAUGUUCUCAGUGGAGUGCACAUACAUCCCUCUGAAAGUCUAUGCAUCUCCCUCCUUUAUUUGCACUUUGGAAAAGUGCAAAUCUCUCUCCCUGCUCUUUUUGGCACUUUCUCUAGUUCUGAACCCAUGGCAACUUUUGUUGCUAUUUUUUCCUAGGCAAUCUCAUUCAUAUUUUUUCCAUCUGAAGGAGCUGGAGGACACUUGUUACUAUUAGCAUGGAGCUUAAGAUAAUUUUGUCUUCAAGUAAGACCUGAAGAACAUUUCCCAUCAGGAGCUGAUUUUACAUUCAAGGAGGAACUGAAAUGCUUGAGAAGGCCAGUUGUACAAAACUGUUGUUUGUAUAAAAAGAAAAAAUAAUUAAAAAUUUUCAUUUUCCCUUUUUUGCCCUUAAUUUGCCCUUCAGGUGUAAUUCUCAUCUAUAUGCUUUAAAACUAAAAAAUUGCUAGAAUUUUACUGAAUCAUACUCCAGCUUGAGGAAACUGACAUUAACCAAUUUCAUCUCUUAUGUAAAAUAUACUAGUUUUUCUCACUACCAUAAAUUGCAUCAUGUUGUGGGAAUAAAAUCUUUGUUUUAUGGAAUAGAACAGAUGUGGCCCUAAAAAGGAGAGAAUUACAAAAGCAGGACAGUUGCUGUUCUCAUCUCAGAUGCCUUGAAUUCAAACAAGGGAACCAGAAAUAACUUGUGGGAAGUUGAUUUGGGGGAUAUAUGCCACCAAGAAGAGAGGCUUUCACUGGCAUCACCUCCAAUACACCUCCAUGAAAGAUGGAUUGUGUGCUUGUGGAUGUUGUUCUAAUAAUUUACUGUUCAAUUGCUCUUCACAGAUCAAGCCUUAGGCAUGUGAGGAGGAAAUUACACUUCCACAGUCCAUGCUUUACCUCUUCUGUUGGGAAAUGGAAUGAAAAACUGACCUUGCCAGCACACACAUAAGAGACAGGAGCAGUUGCUGCAGGGGCACAGGAGAUUCUCACCCUUUGUUCUGGCAAGGCUCCACCUGGAAUGGUGCUUCCAGCCCUGAGGCCCCAACAUAAUAGUCAUGUGGGCCUGCUGGAGCAAGUCCAGAGGAGGCUAUGAAGAUGAUCAAAGGGCUGGAGUAUCUCUGUCAGGAGCACAAGACUGAGAUGGCUAGGGUUGUUCAGCCUAGGAAAGGGAAGGCUCUGGAAAGACCUUAUUUACAGCCUUCCAGUGGCUGAAGAGGGACUGUUUCCAGGGGUGUGCAGUGAUAGGACAAGGGAGAAUGGCUUCAAACUGGAACAGGGUGGGUUUAGAGUAGAAGAAAUUCUUUACUGUGAGGGUGGUGAGGUACUGGCACAGGCUGCCCAAAGAAGGUGUGGACGCCCCAUCCCUGGAGGUGGUCAAGGCCAGGCUGGAUGAAGCUCCAAGCAACCUGGUCUAGUGGAAGGCAUCCCUGCCCAUGGCAGAGGUGAUGGAACUAGAGGAUCUUUAGGGUCCCUUCCAACCUAAAUCAUUCUAUGAUCCUAUGAACAACGAAUACAUUUUUGUUGUUCUCUUUACUUUCACCUAACUGGGGACACUCAGUUUUCAUCUCCACAUCUGUAGCUGAACUUACUGCUUAAGAAUAUCUUGCAAUGAUGUGACUGGUACAUAACUGCACUGGUUUUUUCCCCUUUCUCCCAACUGAGUUCCCUUCCUGCACCAUCAUAACUAUACAUUAACUGAAAUGGGCAGUACUGAAUGUGCCUCCAAGGGAGGGCUAGGAUAUCUAAAUGGUGGAAAAAAGCCUUUAGUGCCUCUUCCUUAUGAGCAGCAGCCAACUUUGGAUCUGCCAGUGGUUGCUGCUGUAGGAUCAUCAGAGUGCAUGGCAAACACGGAGUUUCCACAUUGUAAGGAAAUAUUUGAUGAAACUUUAUUCUUCCUUCAUUUACAGAAAUGUAUAAACCAGUGAACAAAUGUUUCACCAGUAAACAUAACUCUUUCAGUGGCAGCUAGCCUUUGAGGUUCUGUACUAUUACCUUACUGCUGCAGAAGAACACACAAUCUCUCCUUGCUUCCCUGUGCAGCUUGAAGCUGUGAGAAUAAAUUACAGCUCACAGCAGGCUGAAUGCACAGCUGGCAUUGAUUGCUUUGUUCCUCUUGUCAACUUAAUUGAUAACUGUGUGAAUGUGAGAUUCAUCAUGACCAGCUACAUCCUGAGAAGUACACAAAAUAUAUUAGAUCUAUUUCCAUUCUUGUCUAUAAAGUUCUACUGAGGGAGAGUGAUAUCCAAACCCUCAUAAAUAAGGAAACCAAACCACUUAUAAAUGGCUUAUACUAAUCAAAUUUCACAAAAUUCCUUAUUCUUGGUAUUGAAAGGAUCAGUUACUCAGAUCUCAAAUUGCCUUUCCUUCCUCAGUGAGUAGAAUCUUAAGUUCUACUUAGAUAAGCAAACAGAUAGAUAAGCAAACAAGACUGUGUUGCUGUCCCCCAGGCAAAGUGUAGCUCUGCCUUCCCAUAAUUUUAAAGUGUGAGAAGGGAAUUUUUGAUAGUCUCUUUAGAAGUGGGUAACAUUGUCCUUCCCCAAUUCCAGUAGCCCAGAUCCUUCAGCCUGGCUGAAACUAUCAGUGAAUCCUACAAAUGGGAGAAACUGACCCUUUAGCCUAGUAGACUGGAGCUGCAAAACAAUCUGGCAAAAUGAAACUUGGAUGAAUCAAGUAUCACUUGGAUAUUUGGGUUGUCAAUUCCCUGUUUAGAAAAUCAGUUCCAAAGGGACAGUGCCCGGAACUUAUUUCAGCUUGGAGACAAACUUUUUAGCAGGACCGGUUUCAUUAGUACAAGAGGUAAUAGUUUUAAACUGGAGAAGGUCCAAUUUAGAUUAGAUACAAGUAGGAUUUUCACAAUGCAGGUGAGGAAACACUAGAACAAGUUGCCCAGAUUGAUGGCAGACACCACAUCCCUGGUAACAUUCAGACUCACAGUUCUGAAUAACCUGAUCUAGCUGAAGAUGGCAAUGGGAUUGGACUGGAUAGCCUUUAAAGGUCCCUUUCAACCCAAACCUUUGUUUGAUCCUGUGAUUCAGAUUUUCUUACGGUUUGCCUUUGGAAAGAAAUCUGUAACCUUAGGUGCUGGGAUCUCCAGAUGACACUCUGUCAGACUCAUCUGGGGACUACUCUCUGCAGCUGGCAGAAAUUGGACGUGCAUGACCUGUUUUUUUCCUCUCUAAAUUCCCCUAGUUUUAUCUAUAGGAUUUCAGAGUACAGUUAAGAGUGCUAUUGAAAAAGCUGAAUGAUGGUGAACAUCAUGAACUUCCCUAGAGCAGGUCAGAGAAGAUAACACUAAUUAAAUGAAAUACAGAAAUCCGGCUUCUGCUGUUCGGAGCAGAACCAAAGUGCUCUGCUCCUCAAAGAACAGUACCUGCUCAUAGAAAGUGCCCUUAGAGAAACCAGCAGGAGCUGAAUUUAGCAAGCAGUCUUUGUUAAUGGAAAAGAUUGUUCCCAUUACACCACUGAGACUUGUGCCAGUUACAAUCUAUAAGGUCAAGGAUGCUUCUGUCAGCAUCAACAGUGCUUCUCCUGAUGGAUGCUGCACCCUUAAACAUCUUCUUUAGCUUGGGGAGCUAAAGGAAUCUAGGAGGAGGAGUAAGAGCGCUUUGUACCUCAUGCAGGAAGGGCUGGACCUGGUUCAAUUGAACUCCAAACAUGUUCCAACCUUUCAUUAAGGGAAAGAAUGGGAGAGGCAAUAAUAGAAAAGCAUUUCACAGCAGGGUAUUGGAUAAGAAUAGACUUGCUAAGUUUACAUGGCACCUUCCCCAGAUGUGCUUUGCUAGCCUGCUGACAGUGCAGCUGACGUGCUCCUCAUGCUGCCAUCCACACUACUUCCAAACUUGGCUGUACUCUUAGAAGGAAACCCAAGUCACAGUUGCUGGACACAGCGACUGUUGUAACAACACACACUUAUGUAACCUGUAAGAAGCAGGAGUCCAGGCAGAGGAAACAUGGCCAGCUGUGAACACUGAGCACUGAAAGAUUUAGAUGUGAGGUCGCUCAUCCCUUCAGAUAUCUCUGCAACCACCAUCACCCUAUGCAAGCAUUGCUUUUGUUUUCUCAGCUGUCUCCUAAGCCAUAUUUCCAUACUCUCCACCAGAGCCUGCAUGCCUGGACACCACCCGCCUGAACUAAAGCUCUCUUCAGUCUGCAGCACACAUCAUAUUAUCCAGGCACUACCCUUUCAGGAGUGUGGGUACUGACAGCAGUGAGUGUUGCCCACUGCCACAGCAGAGGAGUCACACACAAGCAUCCUGCCAGUCUUAUUACAGGCAGAAAGAAACAUAGUUUUUAAUUAAACAGGUUCAUUGUUGCUAUGCUCAAAAUCUUAACUGUUUGAUUGUAGAAUGAUUAGUCUCUAUUAUUAAAGAAAAAAGAGAAGAAAUUAUAGUGCAAACCUUUCAAUGGAAAAGCAGUUAUAAUAUUUGUGAGCUGUUUCUCUUCCUGGGAUCUCCAUUAUCCAGCAGUGCCCCUUCUCCAAUCAUCCCAUAUCAAUAGUCCUCUACACCACAUCCCAUGCCUCAGUUUUCAAGGGCCCUGUGUGUAUCCCUCUGCAACAUGGCACUAGAGUCAGCAGCAUGUUGCUCUACAUAGUAAACCUGCUUUACUUCUAGCAGUUAUAUUAAAAAAUAUGUCUAGAACAAACAACUAUAGAAUGAGAAACAAGGUAAACCAAGUAAGACAAGAGCCAUCUGGACAUGAGAAAAGUUUUAACAGUCAAACAAGCCAGAACAAAGCUGCAGGCAGAUUAAAAGAAGUUCAGACAAAGCAAGCCUGGCAGGUUCUGGGACCCUGCAGAGCUGGAAUGAAGCUUCUGCCAUGCUACCAGCCACAGGAAUCCUGUGUUCAUUUGGGAAUGUCAGCAGAGAUCGGCAUUUGGGGACUACGUGGGGGAGGUCCCAAGUUUUUUAAAGAAAAAGCAUUAAGGACAGCUAUUUAUCCACAGUCAUAUGCACACCUCAGUGUCCAGUCCUGGUAAACCUGAGAAAUGAUGAAAUUAACCCAGCUUUUCUUUCUGUAUUUUCAAACCACCCCUACUCACCCAAUUUAGCCCGAUGGGAUUUUGGUUUUGCAAAUACCACUCUUGUCAUCUGCAGUCUGAUAGAAAACAACCUGCCUGAGGACCAGAUAUUUGUAUAGGAUUCAGAGUACGACUGCAGGACUUGGCACUUGCCUCUCAGGCAUUACACCCUGUUUUGUACUAAAACACAAUUACCAGAAUAUGGAGAACCUCUGGCAAAAUCUAUCAGCUCUCCAACAGCUACAGCUCAGUCUGCACAAACCUAUACUUCAGACUUCAGUGAAGAACACCUGCAAUGCAUGGAGGAAAAGGGAGAACGUACAACGCCGCAGGUUGCAAUACACUCCUGAAUAGUUAUGCUUAUUGAAGUACCCUUAUGGGGCAGUUUAAGGUAAAACAUAUGUGCAUUAUAUAAUACAAUUGUGAAAUACAAAAACUCAUUAAAAUGACACAUGGUUUAGCUUAAGAAUUACGCGCUCAGUAUUUGGGUAUUACCACCAAACCACACCGAAUUUCUGGUCACUUUUCACUGUACAAGUCUCAACCAUACCCAGGUCUUCAGGCAAUGUGCACCAAUACAACUGUUUAAUUAUAAAUGCAACAAAUUUAAAUUGGCUGUUUUGGAAAGUAAAAUGUUGAGGAAAAAUAACAGCAAAACAAGCACUGACCAAUGCCACUGUGCUCACACAGCAAGGUGAACCCUUAGAAAGGUAUGUGAGAAAAGUAUAAAACACUGUUAAGUUCAGCUGUUGGGAGUUGUUCAUUUGCAUCAUCCUUAGCAUGUCUUCUCUGAAUUAUUUUUCAACAACAAACAUGUAACAAUCUUUUUCUUAAAAGCUUAUUUUCAACUACAUUUCACUAUCCUCUAUUCAUUUUAACAGCCUUCUCUUCUUUACAGCUGUUAAAUAUUCUUGGAAAGCAUAAGCAUCCCACUUAAGUUAUCCAGUAAAAUAAAACUCUGGUAACAGAAGAGCCAAAAAGCUUCCAGUUCACAAAGCUGCAGUUAAAGAACUUAAACAACCUUUUUAUUGUAGGUUUUGAACAUGAGUUGACACUCCAAAUGUUAACUGCCUUCACUAUGGGCAGAACAUAUAAAAUUUGGGUUGUUUAUGUACAUAAUGAUAUAACCUGAUUACAAGGCACUCCCUUAAAAAAAAACCCUAAAUUAAGUCCCUUGGGGUAUAGAAGCACUGCCUUGUUAUGCACAAGUUUGAUUUCCAAUUAAGGAGGAACAAAUUAGGUUAAGCACAUUAGGCUAGAAGUAUAUUAGGUUAGUUUUCUCCCAAGCAUGGAAUUCUGCAGUAAUAUUGCAGUAUCAAUAUUUAGUAUAGGUUUAAAUCACAUUACAGAGAACAAAGUUUCUGAACUAAAAAUAUUUCAUAGAUCAUUGUAAGGUAAAAGAUCUGUUUCUAGGUAGCUUUAAAUGAAUUUUGUUGCAAUGCAGCUUUAAAAUUUAACAAGGAACUAAUUCUUCAAAUACUUGUUUCUAGUAGGUAACAAAAGUAUUUUAUUCUAAAGGAUGCUUUAAUUUUUUGUUUUAACGUUCAUUUGACUGUGGAUUAGUUUGUAAUGUCUGUGACAAUACCUUGGUUACCCUCUGGUCAAAACAUCUACACAAACUUUGGGAAAAGCCCAAGUAUUUAUUAACAUAGAAGAUACAAUGCUUCAAGAAGUGAACCCUCUUCUACACUGAGUGAAUGCCAGAGGUUUUGGAAAGUUAUCUUCUUUUUCUAAAAAAACAGAAAAAAAAAAUCAAAGCAGCAGUACCUUCAGCAACUUUAGAAACAGCCACUGUAUCUGGAAUUAUUCUACUUCCAUUAAGUUUGCAGCUCAAAAGUCUUGGACUGAAUUAUUUCUGUUAAUGAGACAGACCCUCAUCUCAGUAACCACACUCAGAUUUCUGCAAAACUCAUAUCCUGACUGGGCUGUAGCUUUAGAAAGCAACAAGCAAAGAAAGGAACUAUGGGUGGGAAAAUCCCUUGACAAUGCAGUUUCCCUCCUAUAUGACUUACAUGUGGAAAAUGUCCACUUACAUUUUACUUCAACAACCAUGCUGCAAACAGGGAAGUUUGCACCCAUAAAAAAAGGAGCCAAACACAAACCCCAAAUGCAACCAGCAUGUAAUAAGAAUUUUAUUGGAUACAUUUAGAAAAAAACUAGAGCAUGAAGACACGAGAUUAAUUUCUGCGUGUAAGUUUUGUGAAUGUGCAGAAUCAAACAGCCAUGCGAAAAGUCAUCUCCUCUUCAGCUGUAAUUCAAGACUCUUAUAAUGGCAAAAUUAUUACCACCCUUAAACAGUGUUCCAGACACAAAACUCAUUACUUUAAAAAGGAUCUCCUUCCUGAACAGAAGUAAAAAAAAUUUAGUAGCAAGUUGGGAAAGAUGUAUCAUUAACAGAUACAGUAUUGAAUCAAUACUCAUGCCAUGUUUAAAAAAUGCAAGCCAAAAUCAUUAUGUAGAAUAGAUAUAUUUUUUUCCAAGGCAAAAUUCCUAGUAAAACUAAUUCCUAAACUACUGAAAUGGUGACUUGAUAUUGUACACAAUCCAGAAUACCAUCCAAUGGAAGAUUUUUCUGUCAAGUUGUAUCAGCGCCCAAGAGUCAAAGUAGCUGAUCAGCCCUGUGCUUAGCAGUGUAUUAACAUUUCACAUAAAUUCCAACUCCUCCAAGAAAUGUUGUUACAGAUACAAGAUCAUAGAAUUGUUAAGACUGGAAAAACCUCUAAGAUCACCAACCACCAAGGCAGCACCACCAUGUUCACCAUUAACCUAUGUCCUUAAGUGCCAUACCCAUGUUUUUUUUAAACACCUCCAGGCAUGGUGACUGCACUGCUUCCCUGGGCAGCUUGUUCUAAUGCCUGAUAACCCCUUCCAUGAAACCUGUUUUUCCCAAAAUCCAAUCUAAACCUCCCCUGGAACAACUUGAGGCCAUUUCCUCUCAUUCAGUAUCACUUUUUACCUGGGAUGCAAUGUUAGCUAUGAAAUAUGUUGAAUAGGAAAAUGAGCUUAUACAUGAAGGAAAAGAUUAAGAUUUCUGUCAUAAACUUGUAUACCCAUGCAAUUUUUUGUAUUAUAAAGGGAUUGUGAAGGUGAAGUUAUAUAUGCACCUGGACAGUCAGCUUUGACUCAUGUAACAUGCUUAUCUACAUGUGUAACACAUAAACCUAUACUGAAACACACUACAGCUCUUAAACACUUGUUUAUAAAAAUAUAGUUAGACUGCAUCAACUUAAUUUGAUAAAUACAGCACAAGUCCUGAGAGGAUGAAAAAAUGAUGAAUUUGACACUGAGUAUUCUUGCUUAUACUGGUUUGAACAUAGUGUCAUAUAAUUAGACAGGUGAAUGCCUGUGAUCAAAUAUCACUUUUCUUACUUAACAAAUCCUGAUUUUGGGAAAGUAUCCAUCAUGAUUGGUUUAGUACACUUCAGUUGGCCUACCUUCUCUCCACACUUAAUAAUAAAAGUUACAAUCAAGCCAAUAUUCCAUCCAAGAGUAUGCUAUCACUAUGCAUGUCAAGAUGUCAUUGCAUGAAACACCAGGAACAAAACUUGGUGUGCUGAAGCCUGUUGUUACCAACCGCUCAAAACACACAAAUUCAGUGCGUGAUACAGCUCUUGCAGCUUCAGGAUAAAUGCAGACAGAUUAUAGGUUUUAAAAAACUGCUAAGAAUUGCUGCAGCUAAACAGACAGCUUAUGGCAGUCAAGCCAUCUGAAGGUUUAUACUUUUAUUUUGAAAAGCAUCCCAGGCCACAGAAACUAUGCUGUAAUUGUACAAUCUACACCUUCUUGCCUGACCAAAGCUGGUGGGGUUUCAUGGAUUCUUUAAUUUGUUUGCUUGCUUUUUUAAACAGGUAAACAGGUAAGCUUUAAAAGUGAUUGCAUUGCCACUGAUGGGGGGAGUCAUUAUAGAACACCGGAAGUAUCUUUAGCUUUGUUCUGAAAGUAUGAACAACAGGAGAAGAGCAGGAGAAAUGAAAAAAGCAAAAGCAAAACUGGGGACGGUGUUUACAGGAGCUUUCUCCCACUUAUCGCCAAGGUGUCUAAGCUACCAGCAGAACAUAGUUUGAAAGAGUGGAACAAGUAGUUACAGGAUCCCAAAGCCUGCAGCAUUCACAUGAGAUGGCCCAUUCAUCUACAUUUCUCUACAUUUAGGGUUUAGUGCACUAAGGCAGAAUGUAACUUAUUUAAAAACAGAAAUUGUUUUCCCAAGGAAUUUCAUUUUCCAUGUAGUUCUUUAAAAUAGGUUUUACAUUAUGUAAACCUAAUGCACAUGAGGAUGCAAAUUAAGAGAAAAUAUGUUUUCCAUAUUCUUUAACAUAUUUAGGAUAUUUAUAUAGCCAUAUGGAUAGACACAUUUGAACUUGCUUGUUAAACAAGAACUUUAUCCUGGCGUUUAAGCACUACUAAUUUUGCUGUCCAAGUUCAGAGUUCUGCACCCACAAACACAGAUGGCAUGCUAGUAGCUACAGCUAGCUAGAAUUUUUCACCCACUGAUGCUCUCAGUGUCACACUAACAAGCACUCCACUUGUUGGUUCAGAACACAUCAAGGAACAACUGUUCAAUUUUCAGAGGACCACCUGGCAGGCACGUAUUUUGUAAGCUUGUACCCUAUCACUUUGCAGUACCUGACAUUUUCAGAUUAAAAAAAAAAAAAAAAGAGAGGAAAAAAAA